AUGGAGUGGCGGACGCUGCGGCAUCUGGAAGUGGGCGCACACGCGCAAGCCGCUGCCUUCCAUCCAACGCAACCCCUGGUGUCCGUUUCCGUUGGACGCUCGAUCAUAGAGUACGAUCUGCUGACGGGAUGCCAGCUGGCAAAGAUGGACAUUGGAGGGCCCGUGGUGCGCAUGGGGUACGCGCCCGCUGCCGGCCACGUCAUCGUGGCGGUGAUGGAGGACCACACCAUCAGGUGCUGGGACCACGACAGCGAGCUCACAGCCAUUCUCUUCACCCCUCCUGACCGCCGUGGCGACAAGCCCGCCGAAGUGCACCUGGCGAUAUGCGCCCACCGCCCCUGGGCCUUCUUUGCCGCGCACAGACGCACCUCCAUACAUGUGGUGGGUGUGCUGGAGGGCAUUCGGCCAGCCUCGAAGCUGAAGGCGGAGUUCAAGAAGCCCAUCACUGCCCUCGCAUGCCAUCCGCGCCACCCUGUGCUCUUUGUGGCGUACGCAGAGGGCGUCAUCCGGGCCCACCAUGUCACCUCCUUCAACCUGCUCUACACCCUCUCUUUGGACGACCCGUCAGUGAAGCUGAUGGGGGCAGCAGCCAUGGUGUGCCAUCACCUGCUGGACCAUAUCUUUGUGGGUGAUCGCUCGGGCUCACUGCUCGCAUGGGAUGUCUCUGUGCCUGCUCGACCCAAUCUCAUUGGAUUUUUGCAGGUGGCGGUGGUGGCAGUGAUGGCGUGUGUGUGGCAUGCACCGUUGGAGUUGCUGCUGGUGCUCACGCGUGAUGGCACCGUCAAGGCCUACUCCCCCCACAUUCACCACAACCCCGCUCUCUCCCUCGCCUCCAACUCACACUUCUUUCACGAAUACGAGGCGGUGGAGGUGGAUGUGGAGCGGCUGCUGGUGCAGGCAGGCGGCCAGUCCGUGGUGCCUGUGCCUCGCAUCCGCACCCUGCACGUGCACCCCACGCUCAACUUCCUCCUCCUGCUCUUUCUCAGGGAGGGGGCAGCGGAGGACGUGGUGCGGAAGAGGGAGCAGAAUCGCAGCAAGGCCAGUCGCAGGGCGCUGCUGGACAUGCUGCAGUCGGCCAGGGGUGCUCCAGACCCGGCGAGCCAGCGUGAUAAGCUAUCAUCAUUGGGGCCGUCAGCACUCAUGUCCGAUCAGCAGCUUCAGGAGCAGCUGGUGCUGACACGCGGCCAAACCAAGCUCGCUCAGCCUACGUUGUUGGAUUUUGCACGCAAGGCUUACUUGUAUGGGGCCACCCACGGGGGUUUACUGGACACGGCGGGGCAUCUCACCACACUGCCGCUCAUCCAGGUGCUCGACCCUCUCGAGCCCGCCAACGACCUGCCCGUCGCCCAUCCAUUCCACGCGCCACUGCUGUUCUACAACAGCGAGCAGGCCAUCUUCCGCUUCCCCUCGCGCAUUGCCCUCAUGGACGGCUGCUCCAUCGUCUCCUUCAGCCUCGCCACUGGGGUGCUCUCCAGCCUCAAGAAACUGCCGCCUGUGGACGGCAAGGGGCAGCAGAGGAGGGCAACGCACAUGGUGUACAGCCAGAAGCAGCAGUGCAUGCUGGUGUUCUUUGAGGCGGCGCGCACGGCAGGCGGAGGGGGCGUGUCCAUGGUGGUGCAGCGCUACCUGGACGUCAUGGAACCCCUGGGAGAAGGGCUCGACACACUCACUGACAUCCAAGCGCGUGAUGGGGCAUUCAUAGGGCACCACGACAAGAAGCUGGCGCUGCUGGGCGAGACGGGCUACGUGCUCACGCUGCUGCCACUGCAGGACCCCAACAAGUCCCCGCAGGAGCUGGAGGAGGAGGAGGAGGAGAAGGACGAGCAGCAGCGCGGUGGCGGCAAGGAGAAGGGGGGGGACGAGUCAGAGACAACAUUCACGGGGUUUGGGAGUCGCUUUGAUGAGGUGCAGGAGGAGGUGGAGCUGAAGCAGGCGGUUAAGGGGCAGGAGGGGCCUGUGGAGUUCACGUUUGAGACACCCGUUCACCGCGUCUUCCCCACGCCCAUGGAGGACGCGCUGCUGUACGUGGCGUUGGGCAGCCACCUGGGCAUGGUGAACGUGCUCGUGGAUGAGUACGGGCGGCCUGCAGGCGACCUGGUGGAGGCCGACGGGCUCAUGUGGCUCUCCACUCGCAAGCACGACAAGGCCCACCUGCCUCUCAAGCUUGGCGAAACUGUUCUGCAGUACUGCGGCGUUAAUUCUUCCUUCUACACCUGUCUCCCCUCUGCCUUCUCUUUCCCGUGCCCUCCUGCUCCCGCUUCUAUCAUUCGUUCUCAACACCCUCCACUCCUCGCAUCGCUACCCGCGAAUCCCAUCACCACUCCCAUCUCACUCGUUGAUUCGCCUCACCUCUUCACUCGGCUCUGCAACUGUGAUUCUGACUUUGACUCAAAACCUCCCGUGCGUGCGCGUGUGUGGCAACAGGUGUGGUGGCAGAAGGCAGUGACAGGGCACGUGGCAGCAGUGAUGACCACCAUGCGUCUGCUCAUAGUGGCCUCUGACCUCUCCGUGCUCGCCAGCACCACCGCCUCCUCCCGCGACUCCCACCCUCCAAUAUCCCACCAACACUUCCUGUCUGCUCACUGCCCACCCACCACUUUUUCUCUGAAUGUUGUGGCGUUGCUGAAGCUUCUCACUGCAUGCACGCUGUUCUGGGUGCUGCUGGCAGCACUGAACGACCGGCUGGUGGUGGCAACGGGGGCGUCGGUGGCAGUGGGGCGGGUGGCGACAGUGGACGUGCAGCAGCGCCUCACAGGGCUGCUGGAGCCGCUGCUGGCGGGGUGGGUGUCGCUCGUGCACUCCCAGGGGCCGCACCCCAUGCUGCACCUGCCCAAGCUCAUCAGCCAGCUCAUCUCCCGCUUUGACGUCAUGCGCCUCACUCCCCGCCUUGUGGAGCUGCUCAGUCGCGGGCCAACCAUCUGCUGCCAGCUGGCACUUGAGCUCUCUGAAACGGGCCCACAGUUUAACUCGGAGGUGCGGGUGAUGAGUGCGAUGAGAGCGCGCAACUUUGACAAGGCGUUAGACAUCCUCACCACCGACUUCCACCACUCCACCUCCUACCCGCGCUGCCCACCCUCCUCGCGCCUCUUUCACCGUUUCAGGCAGCUCGGCCGCCGCUGCAUCACAUUCGCGCAGUUUGACAAGGCAAAGGCGACCUUUGAGGUGGUGGGGGACUACGAGGCCAUGUACGACCUCUUCAUCGCACACAUGAAUCCCUCCGCCCUGCGCCGCCUCGCCGCCACACUGGAAGAGAGCGAAGCACAGCCGGAGCUGGAGCGCGAGUGCAUGCAGGUGCUCAAGGUGCGCUCCUCGCUCUGGAACCAGGGCGGCGUGCUCUCUGCUAUUGCACAGGAGGCGCUCGCUCCCAAGCCCGCCGACUGGGCUGGCGGGAACUGGACCGUGCUUGUCGCCCCAGACCCAUCUGAAGCCAAGCCUGCUGCCGGCACUGCUGCCGCUGCUGAUGCUGCUGCUGCUGCUGCUGGAGCGGCAGGAGGGGCGAAUGCAGGGGCAGCGGGGGCGGUUACGGCGGCGGCGGCGGCGGCAGCAGGGGGCCUGAAGCCUCAAGCGGAGAUCACGCACUCGUGGACGUUUGGGAAUGAGGUGACGGCGUACAUGAAGACAGAGGGGGGCGCCAUCCCCGUCAUCAUGGCGGACAGCGUGGGGGUGUACCUGGGUGUGGCCCGCGGCAAGGGCGUGGUGACAGAGAUUCUCGAGAUGAAGAAGGAGGAGGCGAAGAAGGAGGAGAAGAAGAAGAAAAAGAAGGCCACCGAGGCAGAGAUCAUGGCGGCUGCUGUUGCCAGCUUUUUGCCGGGGGCUGAGGCGGCGUCUGCAGCGGCAGGAGGGGCGGUGCCGAGAGGGGAGGAGACGGCGGAGGAGGCGCAGCAGAGGGCAGCAGCGGAGUUCAAGACGAGUAUGUACGGGGCAGGGGAGGCGUUUGACAGCGACAGUGACGAUGACACCAUGUCCACCACGUCCCGGCGCAGCAAGUUCAGCAUCAAGAUCAAGGACAAGGACGCGCGGGCAGGAGUGGUGGACGUGGGGAGGCUCAAGGCGGCGUCCAAGACGCUCACUCUAGGCGCGCCAGCCAAGCCGCCUUCCUCCGCAGCCACAGAGGAGUUCGGGUGGCAGCAGUUCGAGUCUGACUCCUCCGGCCUCGCCAUCGUGCCCUUCGGGGACGCUGCUGCUGCUGCUGCCGCCCAACCAGCAGCCAAUGGCGUGCCUCCUGCUGCUGGCGGUCCCGUGUGGGCCACCCCCCCGGGGCUGGGCGCGCUGGGCAUGGGGGCAGGAGGAGGCGUGCCCGCGCAGGCUGUUGCUCUGGGCUAUGCCAAGCCCAUGCUGCCGCCAGGGCAGCAGGGUGCUACAGGUCCGGAAGCGGGUGCUGCUGCUGCUGCAGCAGCUGCCGCCGCAGCAGCAGCGGGUGCAGGUGGAGCGGUGGGAGCAGAGGUGGUGGGGGAGAGCAAGGAGCUGUUUGGGGAUGACGUUCCUUUCUCUGCUGAGCCGUCUUUCCAAGCUGCUCAACCUGCUCAGGCGGAAGCAGCAGCAGCAGGAACAGGCAAGCAACGGCCUAUGCUGCCACCGCCAUCCGCAGGCCCCUUGCAGAUGCAACCCGCAGCCGCAGCAGCAGCAGCAGCAGCAGCAACAGCAGAGCCGGCAGCGCAGGAGGAGUUUGGGGGGUUGCUGGCAGGGACGGCAGAGGGGCAGGGCAGAGGGGAACCAGGGCAGCAGCUCAAGGUGCCGCUGCCUAAGAGUGCUGGUGGGGCGGAAGGGGCAGGUGCGAAUGCUCUGCCGCCUGAGAUCUCGGCACUGUCAGACGCACAGGCGGGUGGGGAGAAGGGCCCAAGCAAGGAGCAGGAAGCAGCGCGUGCUGCCAUGCCCACCAAGAUUCUUCCUGGCUAUGUGCCACGUGGCGCGUCGGCAGCGGUGUGUGUGAAGGUGGCGUUGGUGCAUGUGGACGACAACCGGCUGGCGGACGCACUGGCGUGUGUGGACGAGGCGUUCCUGGCCAUGGCCAAGGACCGCUCCCUCGGCAAGAACGUGCAAGCCCAGGCGCGCAUCGCUGCCCACUACAAGAUCGGCGCCACCAUCCUGCAGGAGAUAGUGCGGCUGCAGAAGGCGGAGGGGCAGGGCGCAUUGGGAGCCAAGGAGGAGAUGGCGCGUCUGGCACGGCACCUGGCGUCGCUGCCCUUGCAGCCCAAGCACCGCAUCAGCUGUGCGCGGACGGCCAUCCGGCGCAACAUGGAGGUGCACAACUUCGCCUACUCCAACCGCCUCCUCCACGCCCUCCUCGCCAAGGCGCCUCCCAACAAACAGGCCGAGCUGCGCGCCCUCGCCAACAUCUGCAUGGCGCGCGGCCUGACGGACCGUACCAUCAACCGCUCAGAGGACCCGUCUCGCUUCUGUGCGGCAUCACUGGCGCUGCUGCCCACCAUUGGCCACGACGUGUGCGACACCUGCAAUGCGUGCUUCGCUGCCCUCGCCACGCCUGGCUGCCCCAUCUGCGGCAUGGGCACUGUCCGGCGCUUUGACAAGGCGGGAGCGGGUGCUGCUGGUGCAGGCGGGGGUGGUGCGGCAGGGAGGGCUGCUGCUGCUGGCGGGCAGGCGGGCAGAGGGAAGGGUACGGUGACUGCGUUUGCAUCACCGUUCUGA